AUGCGAAUCCUCCCAGCACUUGUAGCGACUGCAGCUGUCUUACUCAUGAGUUGCGACCACCUCGCAUACGCUUCGAGCGACGAGAUCAAGAAAGAUGGAGUCUACGCGAAAUUCUACCGUAUUCGAGAUGGAACCGUCGUAGAGAAGAAGGUGGUGUAUCUUGGUGACAGCAAUCAGUCCGAAAAUAAGACGUCUGACCAGGAUACCGAUGGCUCGACGACCCAGGAAGAGAGGUUCUCUUAUUUGGUUCCCAUAGGCUUGAACAAUCUCAGGAUGAUUUCGAAGCAAGUGGCGAAGUGGUUCCGGUGA